AUGAGUCUGAGAAACAAGCGCAUCAGCUCCAGCAGCUCUGUGAGGAGCGGUGGGAAGAUGGGAGGCUACGGCUACAGCAGUUUAAGUGGGAUCUCCUUGGGAGCAUCUGCCCCGAGCUUUAGCACCAGCUCUGCCUAUCUGGGGCCACCCAUCGCUAGCGUCUCGGUCAACAAGAGCCUGCUUGCGCCUCUCAACUUGGAGAUCGACCCCAAUAUCCAAAUGGUGCGCACCAAGGAGAAGGAGCAGAUCAAGUCGCUGAACAACCGCUUUGCCACCUUCAUCGACAAGGUGCGCUUCCUGGAGCAGCAGAAUAAGAUGCUGGAGACCAAGUUUGAGCUGCUGCAGGGCCAGACGCCGGGCCGCUCCAACGUUGAGCCCAUGUUUGAUGCUUACAUGGCCAACUUGCGCAGACAGAUGGACGUGGUCAACAAUGACAGGACCAAACUGGACGGAGAGCUGAGGAACAUGCAGGGACUGGUGGAGGACUUCAAACACAAAUAUGAAGAUGAGAUCAACAAACGGAACAACCUGGAGAACGACUUUGUGAUCCUGAAAAAGGAUGUAGACUCUGCAUACUUGGUGAAAGCUGAUUUGGAGGACAAAGUUGGUGCCCUGACUGAUGAGAUCAACUUCCUGAGGACCAUCUACGAUGAGGAAUUGCGUGAGCUGCAGGCCAGCAUUAAAGACACGUCGGUCAUUGUGCAAAUGGACAACUCCCGAAACCUCAACAUGGAUCAUAUUGUGGCCGAAGUCAAGGCUCAAUAUGAGGAGAUCGCAGCUAAGAGCCGCGAAGAGGCUGAAUCCUGGUACAAGUCCAAGUUCGAUCAGAUGUCCUCUCAAGCCAUUCAGUACAACGACGAACUGCGAAACACUAAAGGAGAGAUUGCAGAGAUCAACCGCAUGAUCAGCCGUCUGCAGAGCGAGAUCGAGGCCAUUAAAUCCCAGCGCGCUAACCUGGAGAACCAGAUAGCGGAGGCCGAGGAUCGUGGCGAGAUGACUGUGAAGGAGGCCAAAGGUCGUAUUAAGGACUUGGAGGAGGCGCUUCAGAGAGCCAAGCAGGACAUGGCUCGCCAGCUCCGCGAGUACCAGGAGCUCAUGAAUGUCAAGUUGGCUCUGGACAUAGAGAUCGCCACCUACAGGAAGCUGCUGGAAGGCGAGGAGGACAGGAUUGGACAGCAGCCAGUUGUGAACAUUCAGUCUGUUCCCAACUACAGUUCCAAAGGGAUGAACGGGUUUCAGCAGAACAGCUCUCCAUCACCUAAGAUCCUGAUCAAGACUACUGAAACCAGAAACAACACCAGAUUCAGCACUCACUGAUGUGUUAACCAUUACCAGAAAUGCUAAACUA